UUGGGAAUUUAUUAUAAUAGUUAAAAAGUUUUUACCUAUCUUUUGCAAAUCCUGGAAAACUUUUUGAAAAAUUGAAUAAGCUUUGGCAAAUAUUUCCAAUGAAAAACGCAUGCGUUUAGAUUAGUGAAUAAUUGUUCAUAUUCUCACUAAUGGCAAAACAAUAAUUCAUUAUCAGUCGUUCGUUGACUUUCUACAAAGAUGGUUCUCCUCGCGCACAUUUUUAUUAAUAAAUAAAAGUGUAUUUGUGCUACCUAGUUGAGUCAGUCAGUGAAAUAAUGUGCAUUUUUAUAUUAGUGUAAUUAAUAAAAAAAAUGGAUUACGAAACUGAGAAAAUGUUCGAGGAUAUCAGCAAAGAAAUUUAUUGCGAUUUGGACGAGUUGCGGAACAAAAGUAAUCGUUUUAGUGGUUAUAAUGACAAUAAUUAUGCGACUGUUAAUGUGGUACCGAAGAAGGAAUGGCAACAGUAUUGGGCAAACGAAACAUCGAUAGCCAGCGCCAGAGCGUCGGUGAUGAUCUACGAUGACGUCAACAAAAAAUGGGUACCGUCCGGUACUUCGUCGGGCCUAUCGAAGGUGCACAUUUACCAGCAUCAAGUGCACCAAACUUUCCGGGUGGUGGGCAGGAAAUUGCAAGAUCACGAGGUAGUAAUCAAUUGCGCCAUACUAAAAGGACUGAAAUAUAAUCAAGCCACUGCCACUUUUCACCAGUGGCGCGACAACAAGCAAGUGUACGGACUGAAUUUCAGUUCGAAAGAAGAUGCCGACUGUUUUGCCAGGGCCAUGUUUCAUUCUUUGGAAGUACUUAGUAAUAUUGUCCGGCAACAACCGGCCCCGUCGUCGCAAUACGCGCCGCCAAUUAACGUACAACAGCCGCCCCCGGUUCCGGCGCAUCAGAACCAAAUGCAACAACCGCCUCCUCAGCCGCCGCAGCCUCCGGUGCCGCCUCACGGCGUUCCGCAGCAAUCUAUGAUCCACCAUCAGCAGCCUCAUCAACAAUACGACGAAGACAUGGGUUAUAGGACCAUGACCAGGGAGGAUGUUGCUAUGAUACAGGAACGGCGGAUAUCGGCGGCGAUCGUUUCUCCUCAGCCAACAUCUCCGAUGACUCCUCAGCAAAACAACGUCCCGGCGCCCCCUGCCAUGCCAAUGAUGGCGGUCACUCAUAGUCCAGUGUCGCCGCCUCAAGUUGCCAAUCCUGGACAUACCAGAACGGUGAGUGCACCGCCGGCUCCGCCGCCACCUCCAGGACCGCCAAUGAUGCCAACAGCGGCGGCGGCAGCGCCGCCUCCACCUCCGCCGCCUCCGAUGAACAUGUCAAGAAGUCAGAGCAGUGACGGCGGCGAAAUCAACUCGUUUGCGGCCCAGUUGCAAAGCGCCAAACUCAAACGGAAUAAAAAUUCGGGUCAACCAACAGAAAACAGUGGUUCAUCAACGAGCAGCGGCGGCAGCAGCAACUACGGCACAAUAGGCCGCGGAGGCGGCAACAGCAUGGCCUCGAUGAUGGACGAAAUGGCCAAAACGUUGGCGCGACGUCGCGCCGCCGUCGAAAAAAAGGUGCCCGACAAAGAGGAGGAGGACAAAAAAGCGGCGCUGAUGUGGGAGAAAACCAACACGUUGCCGAGCAACAAGUCGAAUAAUUACGCUGAGUCACCGAAAAGCGUUCGGAAACGGUUCGGGUCCGCUUCGGAGGAGACGAUUCUGAAGGUGAACGGUUUGUCCGAGGUGGCGAUGGCCCUGGGACCGACGGAGAUGGAGAGUCUGAAAAGUGAGAUUGUUAAGGAGGUGAAAAAGGAAAUUGCCAAGAUGAAGCUGGAUAUUAUAGAUGCAAUCAAAACAGAACUGAAUAGGAGGUAAUCGUCUUACCAUAACCUAAAGUAAGUAAGGAAAAAAAAAAACCAAAACCUACUUACCCCACGUUUUUUUUUUUGUAUAGUUUUUACACUUUGCGACAAAAGUUAUUUGUAAGUAUUGAACCUUUUCGAAAAUAGAAUCAAAAAUUGGUCACUCAAUAAAUAGAAUUCUAUUUAUGUGACGCCAUCUUGAACUGAUAAGAAUGUCUAUGGUUUUACAAAUUUUCAUAUCAAAAACCCAUAUAAAAUCACAUGAACAAUAAUUCAAAAUCGUAAAAGCAAAAAUUCGUAUGUGCAAAACUUGCAAAACUACAGACAUCUACUUUACCGAUAUUAUUGAAACUUCCCCAUUUUUCAUUCAUCUGUACGUUAUAAUCAUCCAUCUUUAUCUUGUAAGGAAUUUUUUAUACUUACGGACAAAAAAAGCCUACGUUGUAAUGAAUGUUCAUUGAUAAAUACAUAAUAAUCGAAAAAUAGCUUUUAAAAACGCUCCAUUAAGGUUUUGUUACAUAUAAAAAAUUCAUUUGUUUCUUUCAUCUAGAUUUAACAAUUUUAUUUAUUCCUAUUAAUAUAAGGGUCAGUAGUUUUUUAAUCAGCCUGGUACAGAGUCAAACUUAACAGGCGAUUAAAAAAACUAAGCCUUAAUAAAUUUUGUAUAUAAUUAAUUACGCCUAAUUUACCAAAUAAUAUUGUAAUUAUUAUUUUUCCUUUAGUGUAUUUAUUUUUUUUUGUUGUCUUUUAAACGGGAGCUCGUAUAUUGUACUAGAACCCCCUGCGCGAUUUUCACUCCAUCUUUUUAGAAAAAAAGGAAAACAUGCUUUUGAUAGUUAGCCAAUAAAUUACCAUACAUCGACAUAAAAAUUUGCCUCAUCCAAUAAAUUGAAAAACACUCAGAUCUGUUGACAGUUAUUUGUCAAAAACUGUUCAAAUUUGUUAAGUUGGCAACAUUGCAAAAUAUUUACUGAUCUACUGUCCUUUUUAAAAAGGUCACUAUCAUUAUUUAUAUACCUGUUAUGCUGACGUAUAUCCAGGGUUGCCAAAUUUUUAUUUUGAAAAAUCGGACCCACAAUUUUUACAUAGAUUUUAAAUCUUCAUUGUUUAUGUAGGAUUUCAAGGAUUUUAAGGGUCUUUACAAAAUUUUAAAUGAUUUUGAAGUAUUUAAGGGAAAUUAGAAAGGUUUCUAGAAAUUCUUAAGGAUUUUUAGAGUUUUAAUGGAUUUUUGGUGGGGAUUCCAAAGGAUUUUUGUAAAUUUCAAAGAAAAUAUUAUUUAGGAAUAUUAAUGAUUUUAUGAGAUUUUGCAGGAUUUUGUGGAAUUUUGUUAAAUUUCCAAGGAUUUUAAAUUUUUUUUGAGAUUUUCUGGGAUUUUGACCAACUUUUACACAAAUUUCGACCAGUUAAACACCCCUCGAAAUUUUGCUACUUAAGGCAUUUAAAACUAGAAAUUUGGGCUAAAAAAUUAAGAAAACCCAAAGCCUCGUACUUUAAAUCAGUUUUCCCGCUCAAAAACUGCCUGGAAAAGUGGAAAAUCUAAAGAAAAACCAGCCAAAAUAACAUUCCAAAGCUUACUUGAUAAAACUUGAGUUUUCGUCACUUACCCCAUUGGAAAACUGGUAAUUUUUGGCAGAAAAUGAAAGAAAUUGAAAGUCUCGUAAUUUAAAUCAGUUUUCCCGGCCUGAAAAAUCGAAAAAUCCAAGAAAAAACUGAAUAAAAAUGUAAACACAUCAAUUAAAAAUAGCCGACUGUCAAAAAUGACAUAUGACACUUAUUACAAGACCUACUUGAUUGAAGUUAGCCACAAGCGGUGUUGCUACAUCAAAUUUCCAAAAAAAAAACAUUUAAAAUGAGAUUUUACUUGUAAUUUAAUGGAAAACCCAUUAAAUAAUUAAUUAUUAACGAUGUUAAAAUCAAAAAUUCCCUAAAUAAAGCCUCAAAAGCUUG